AUGGUAUGUGUUUCACCUGACUCAAGCAACUUAGAGCUAUUGGUGAUGCCAGUGACCCAGGAGACUAAAGGCAAAAAGUUUUUGGAAAAUGCCCAUCUGCAACACCCCCGCCGGUACCAUGAAUUCUUUCUACGCAGUCGACCCUACAGGGGGGAGCCGCCAACAGUGGCAGGAUACCUCCUCUACCCUGACAAGCCUGCAAGGAUGAAGACUACAUCCCAGGAGGCUUUCAGCUUCAGACCUGCUCCGCAAAACAGAGAUGAAGGUCAUGAUAACCCUCCAGGAGCCCUUCAGAGCACACAGCAGGAAUCACUCCAUCCCUGUUCCACAUCCUCAAGACAAACAGGAAAAGGAAACAGCAGCAGGCACAGACAAGCAAGAGAGGAUGAGCGAGAUGACAACCACCAGCACUCAAAGUCACCAGGCGGGAACAAAGACGGAGCUACAAUAGAAAUGAAGUCUCAGUAUCAGAGGGAUUUCCCUCCUCCCUCCUCCUGUCUGAUAAGGCGAACGCCUGCUCUCCCGCAGCCUGAUAACAUCGGCAUCAACCCCGCUUUCAGGUUUGAAUUCAACACUGUCCAAAGAGAAGCGUACCCCGGCUGGCCCAUCAUGAACCCUCGCCCUGCCGUGAGCUCCAGGGAGCCGUCCUCCAGACAAGCAGGCAUGAGCCCUGGUUGCAGAUCUGUCAACAAGAUGGAAUGA